UGCGCACUGUGAUCGAGCCAGGGAGGAGUCACCACUCACCACGGCGGGGCCAGCCACUCCUCCCGGCAUCUUCUCCUACUUGUAGUACGCAACACCCCUUCGCCCCUCCGGGAUCGCUACCCGGAGAUUUGGUGCGUCCGUUCCCCCAACCGAUUCCGAUCCUCCCCCGUCCGGGAGCUGAGUGGAGCACCGUCCGCCAUGGCCAGAGAUGGUGGUGGGCUCGCCAGGGCGCUGUUGCUCCACGUCGCCGCGCUGUCCACAGCCGGCGCCGUCGCGACCGCCGCCGCCGCCCUGGUGCGGCGCCGGCUCGGGGUGGGAAAGAAGGAGGAGGUGCCCGCGGUCAUGGCCGAAAUGCCCAGGCUCCAGGUGGCCCAGUCCGGGCGCUUGGAGGACCUCGAGAAGUUCUCGCACUACGUCGCUAGGCAGAUGGGGUUCGAGGAUAUCAAUGAGUGCCCACAGCUCUGCAAAUUGGCGAACAACUACCUCAGGAGCAGCAAGAAUUGCAUGGAGGACAUUUACGGGUUCUUCGCGAAUGUCAAGGAUGCCGAGUCCCUUUAUGUCAACUUCAUAGAGGAGCUGGACAAAUGCAUCCUCGGAUAUUUUGCGUUCCACUGGGACCAUGCUACCUAUCUCAUCAGCUCGGCCCUGACCGUGGACAGCGGUAGCACAAAGAAGUUGAGGAACGUGUUCAUGGAAGCAACAAGGAAGCAGCGGUUCGCGCGCGUGACGCGUGACCUGAAGGUGACGCGGGUGUUCGCGACACUGGUGGAGGAGAUGAAGGCGAUCGGCAUCGCGGCGACGACGAACGGCGAGGAGGCGGCGCAGUGCACGGACGUGAUGGCCCCCGUGGCGCACUCGGACCGGAGCCCGGUGCUGCUGCUGAUGGGCGGCGGGAUGGGCGCCGGCAAGAGCACGGUGCUCAUGGAGAUCAAGCGGGAGGCGCUCUGGAGCAACGCGGAUCAGGGGAACGCCGUGGUGGUGGAGGCGGACGCGUUCAAGGAGACGGACGUCAUCUACCGCGCCAUCAGCUCCAUGGGGCACCAUAACGACAUGCUCCAGACCGCAGAGCUCGUGCACCAGUCGUCGACGGACGCGGCGUCGUCGCUGCUGGUGACGGCGCUGAACGAGGGGCGGGACGUGAUCCUGGACGGCACGCUGUCGUGGGAGCCCUUCGUCGAGCAGACCAUCGCCAUGGCGCGCGCCGUGCACCGCCAGCGCUACCGCAUGGGCGUCGGCUACAAGGUCGGGGACGACGGCACCGUCACCGAGAGCUACUGGGAGGUGGACGAUGACGCCGGCAGCGGCGCGCCGCCGCCGGGGGCAAGCAGGAAGCCCUACCGGAUCGAGGUCGUCGGCGUGGUCUGCGACGCGUACCUCGCCGUGGCCAGGGGGAUCCGGAGGGCCAUCAUCACCAGGCGGGCCGUCAGGGUCAGGUCCCAGCUGCAGUCGCACAAGCGCUUCGCCGCCGCGUUCCGGAGGUACAGCCGCCUCGUCGACGGCGCCAGGCUCUACAGCACCAACUCCAUGGGAUCCGCGCAGCUUAUCGCGUGGAAGGACGGCAUCAACAGCAGCCUGCUGGUGGAGCCGGGGGAGAUCGACUGCCUGGAGAAGGUGAGCAGGCUGAACGAGGACGCCACCUCCGUCCACGACCUCUACCCCGACGGCACCACCACCUGCGGCUCACGCUCCAUCUGGGAGGACAUGAUCGCCUCGCCGUCGCGCGCCGCCACCCAGCGCGACCUCCGGGAGGCCAUCCGCUCCGCGGAGGAGGCCGCCGCCAACGGCGAGCCCAAGACGGCCCAGCGCGAGCUCCUGGAGGCCAUCCGCUCCGCGGAGGAGGCCGCCAACGGCGUGCCGGAGACACCAACAGCUGCUGCCUCGUAGAGUCGUAGCAUGCAUCGAGCCAUCGGCGAUAUUGAUUGAUUGUGAAAUGGCUAUGGCUGUGUAAGGCAAUGUCCAAUGAGCAUGGAGCCAUUGCGCUGCGACAUUUGAUCAAGAAUAAGCAAAGCCGUGUAAGGCAAUGUUCAUCUGCAUACCUUCUAAUAUCAUUAUCCCAGGCAAAGAUGCUCUCAAGAGAGCAAUUCCAACA